AACAUGUGGCUUGUAUUUAAGACUUGAGUUAGCCAAUCAUCUACCACAUGUAACCGACCCGCUAGCUGAUGCUAAUAGCUUUUGUUGACUCGCAUGGAAUUUCCUCGACAGCUACCUUACCCAACUUAUUUUGGCGUGAAGGUCAAAAAUGACAAACCGGCAUUAGUUCAACAAUCACAUGUCAUCGCGUUGCGUUACGUAGUUAAGAGUGUUGUGUGCUUGGAGCCUUCCAGUUUAGUGUCCUGUCUAUCGGAUUUACGGUAGAGAUUUCACAGAAGAGAUCCCCCAGUUCCUAGCAUUGUUGUUACCAUCACUUUCUAGUGAAGGGGGUGGGCCUGUCAUUGAUGGCAAACAUCGAAUACUACGCAGCGAUUCUGAAGACUCCUCCGUUUUAUGUUUGUUUUGGCUUCAUUUAUGCUGAUGAGCCAAUAUGAUUUGAAGUUUCAAAUUGUUAUUUCAUCAUUGCUCAGAUUGCCCGCAUCGAUUAGUCGCUCGGAAGGCGAGUCUCCUACUGCAUGUUUGAUGCUUUUAUGAUGGAGUUAGCUCGCUGCUGAACUUGGCGACCUGAUGUAAUGUUUCGCUUGAUGCCACCAAGGUUCGUUUACUUGCAAUUUGCCAGAACCUGCCAGUGAGUAUGCAAGAUGCAAGACACAUCAUGCUGUGGAGGAGUUCCUGAGGGAGGUACAUAGCAGGGAGCAGCCUCAAAGUGCUGGGCUCGUCUCCCAACCUACAGCUGUAAAGUUUCUUAUGGCCAGAAAGUUUGAUGUCUCCAGAGCCAUUGACCUCUUCCAAGCCUACAAGAACACAAGAAUCAAAGAGGGCAUCAUUAAUAUAAACCCAGACGAGGAGCCGCUACGCUCUGAGCUGCUUAGUGGUAAAUUUACAGUCCUGCCUGGCCGAGAUGCAAAGGGCGCUGCUCUGGCCCUCUUCACAGCUCGUCUUCAUCGGCCAGAUCUCACCACCCACAAAGCUGUGCUUCAGGCCAUCAUCUAUCAGCUGGACAAAGCCAUAGAGAGUGUCCAAACUCAGAGAGACGGACUCAUAUUUAUCUACGACAUGACCAGCUCUAGCUAUGGAAAUUUUGACUAUGAGCUCUGUGUCAAGAUCCUCAAUUUGCUAAAGGGGGCAUUUCCAGCCCGUCUAAAAUGUGUCUUCAUUGUGUCAUCACCGCUUUGGUUUCGAGCACCUUUUGCUGUUCUUCGCCUGUUUGUGCGCGAGAAGCUGCGAGAAAGGGUGUGCACUGUGAAAUCUCAUGAGCUGGCCAGUCACAUCCCGGUCUCUUCUCUUCCUGAGCAUCUGGGUGGGACCUCCCAGUACAGCCACGUGGCUUGGAUUCAAUCCUGCAUUAAUGUUCACACAAACAGUGUUCAGGGUGACACGCAAGAACAUGACGCACACGACUGUGUGGGAAACCUGCUGCGCUCCUACAGUUUAGAGUGCAGCAACCCAAGCGCAGGCGCUACACUGUCUCACAGCCAUAUAAAUGCACAGUUAGGACCUGAAGUAGCUGUGGUCAACUCCAACUGCUACGACGAUAGCAAUGCUAAUCCACACAACCACUGUGGUGUGGUGGAGGGCAGGACUCGAGGCUUAGACCAAUACCAGCCGAGCUCACAUGCUGCUGCAAACAGGCUACACGCCAACCACCAACACUGGAACGGAUCAGCAGUGAGUGGAGUCAACAUGGCUGUCAGUGGCUCUGUGCCCAAUGCUAACAUGAAUGGUCGUGGCUGCCACGCUCCUCCUCAGUCAGACACACCUCCUGACACACCGCUUUCCCAGAAAGGUGAUGGGAGUGCUGUUGAUGGCAAGGCAGCGGACUCGCUCCAUAGAUCUCAGAAUGAGAACAUGGAGAAAGAGGAAGGGGUGCCACCGUUGCCCCAGAAAUCCUUGCCUCGCCCGCCGCACCAACCUUCCACUCAGUCCUCACCCCUGUCAUCAUCAUGGGGUCCUGAUGAUGAGAAUCGUUGCAUAGAGGUGUCUGUUCACAUGCCAGAGCCUGGAGGAAUGACAGUGCACGAGUUGGUGGAGCAUGUGAAGAGGAAGAAGAAAAAGGGGAUAUAUCAGGAAUAUGAAGAGAUCCGUAAGGAGCCACCCGCAGGCACCUUUGACUACUCCAAGAAACUGUCCAAUCAGAUAAAAAAUAGGUAUAGUGAUGUUCUCUGCCUGGAUCAGUCACGAGUGCGACUUUGUGAACUCUCUGAUGAUGAGGACGAGACAUCAGAUUACAUUAAUGCCAGUUUCAUGGAUGGGUACAAGAGGAGCAACGCUUACAUCGCUACUCAGGGUCCAUUGCCAAAAACAUAUGUUGACUUCUGGCGCAUGGUGUGGGAACAAAUGGUACUCAUAAUUGUCAUGACCACCAGGGUGGUGGAGCGUGGCCGUGUCAAGUGUGGUCAGUACUGGCCGCUUGAGGAGGGCAGGACUGAGCACUAUGGCUAUUUCAUGGUCAAGAACACACAUAUCCAGGAGUUUCAUGAUUUUAAACUCUCUCAUCUUGAACUCUACAACACACAGUCCGGAGAGACCCGGGAGGUUUGUCACUACCUCUAUGUCAGCUGGCCAGACUUUGGGGUUCCCAAGAGUGCGUCGGCUAUGUUGGACUUUCGUGAGCAUGUACUUCAGAGGAGGGACGCUGCAGUUCACAGCCUAGGAUCUAGUUGGAGAGGGCCUCCGGGAGGCCCCCCUGUGGUGGUCCACUGCAGUGCUGGUAUUGGCCGCACAGGCACAUUCUGUACACUGGACAUCUGCCUGUCCCGACUGGAGGACAUUGGCACAGUAGACAUUUGCCAGACAGUGCGGCGGAUGCGAACACAAAGGGCUUUCAGCAUCCAGACCUGGGACCAGUAUCACUUCUGCUACACUGCAGUCAUCGAGUAUGCCCAGCGUCAUGGGAAACUGAGUCCGGUGCAGUGGUCUGACUCAGACCUGGAGACUGACAGCGAAUAAGAGACAUGGAUGGAUAACUAAGCAUAUGGGAUAGCCAACACAAGACGAGAUCAUAGGAAUGACGGUGCGAGGAAAGGCAUUCUGGGAAGUUCUCAGGAGAACAGUGACUGUUCUGCCAUAAUAGAGAAGUAACAAAGAACUUAGAGGCUGUUUUGGCUGUUAAUAAAAUGACGCAGACUUCCACAGUUGCUCUUCUUUAACAAGCAGAAAGAUGAAGGACAUGAGGAACAAGAGAGGGAAAAAUACAGGGAGUGUGGACUGUGCGUUGCAUCACUCAUUGAGCAAGCUGCCCUGCCAUUUUCAAAGCCUCUCUUUACCUAGAAAACUACAGGGGACUUGGGUUGCCCUGAACCUGUCUUGUUGACAAGAUGAUGUACGAGUUGUAGCAUUUUUUUACGGACCUUCACAUGAGGAAUGACGAACCUGAACUUUAUCCGCUGAAGCCCUCCAAACCCCACCUUUUUUGUCUUUUUGUAUUUCUUGUUUCUUUUCGACUCUGACCAAGUCUGUGACUACAGAUUUCAAUGUGAAGGGUGUGGAAAGUUUAAACUUGGAAAACGUGUGUUUUUUUGUUUUUUGUUUUUUCUGUUUUUUUAUGUUGAGAGGAAAUGAUUCUGCAUGAGCAAAUGGUCCAUGUCAUUAUUUCUAUGGUGCAUUUUCUACGUGUGUUUCAUAUUUGCGCAUAUGUAGACUAACUUUUCAAAGCCAAAGUCUUCACCCUGAAUGCUUGGAUGUACUCCUUACUGAGAUAUUAUAGACUGAAGCCUAUGUAUAUUCUUGUAACAUACAUUUAUACAAUAUUGUGCAUAAUAACAGCCUCUUACAGAAGAGCAAAAAAGCCUUAUUUAAUGUAAUUGAUUUACCAUUGAAGAAACGUCUAUGUAGCGAGCCAGUCAAUGACAAAAUACAGAAGACUUCUGGUAUGAAAAAUGAUAUUUUAAAAAUCUGUGUGGUUUGUCAGGUCUAAAAACAUCUUUACUGUCGUUCUGACUGGACGAGCUUAAGUAAUUUGGCCUUAACUUGAUUCACUGCCUCAUUGUUCUCAGACCUAAAUCAUACCUGAAACUGUAACUUGUUUGACUUUUGCUUUAGUUCUUUCCAAUUCAGAUUAUCAAUCCACUGUUUUUUUUAUUUAUGAGGAAUAGUCUGCCUCAGAUAACGGUGCCUUCAAGUUUCAAGUCUUUAGGUUAAUUUCUAAAUAAUAAUAAUAAUAAUGAUAAUAAUACUCAAUAUAGCACACUUGCUUAGGGUACAUUACCUAUGGUAUCACACAGGACACCCACAUUUUGCCUCAGAGCCUACUCCUGUACAUAAUAUACUACUUACUAAUAACAAAAGUAGUGUGUUAUCUGGGAGUGAGCUCUGGUUUGAGAUGUGGAUAACUUAUCAUUUGACCUCAGGGGGUUAUUCUAGAAAUUAUUUGCCUAGUUUCAAAGAUCAAUUUCUUGGUUUGCUUCUGAUAAAUUAUCAUUUAAUAAAUAAGUAUCCUUUAUUCAGUAUUUCUUACUGUAUUGUAUCCUACUAUAUUUAUGUCUUUGUAAAACCUCUAAAAUAUUGAAUUCAGUGAAUGUUGGUACGAUGCUACAAAGAAAACAAACCAGUGAUUGCAUUUGAUAAGCUGAGAAUCAGAUGGGGAGUGUAUUUUUGUUGUUGUUAACAAUGAAAUUUUAGUGAAAAAUAUAUCUAAUCGUAUUUUCAGGACUGACAUGUAUAGGUGAUUGGUUCGGUUUAAGGAAGGGGGUGAGGGUGGAAGCAACAAUGUAUUCAGAGAGCUUAUUGUUGACCUCCUGGAAACAUGGUGAAAUUAACAACCUACCAUCUGGUAUGUAUGCCAAGGAAAAAGCAGAAAAAGAGCAAAAAAAUGGUUGUUACACGUUUUAAAUUGGUCAAGGUUUAUCAGCAUGAAUAGAGAGCCUUGAAUGUUUUUGGGGGUACUGGCGUCCAAGCUGUUUAGUGAAUGCCGGCAGAUUUUAUUGGUGAAUGUGGACCCUUCAUCUCUUAAUGCCAAAGGCCCAGGCUCACCCUAAAGAUUAUUUUCCUAUGAUACAUCACCCACACCCUGUCAGCAUGGACCCACGGGUGCAGUCUUGCCUUUGUGUACUGUACAGCACCACAGGAACAUUUGUAACCAUGAUGUGUAUGUACAAAAUCGUAGUGCGGAUAAGCAAGAGCCUCGGCUUCGUCCCCAUACGACUUUUAAUUUGUUUCAUGAGAAACUGUCAUCGGUGUUGAUUUAAUGUUUCUAUCUUUCUGUGCUUUAAGUUCUCGUGAACUGAAUUGAAAUUGACCUUUCACAUGCUGUCAACCCAGCUGUCCCAUUAAAGCGAUGAUAUUACUAUGUUGAAUGAAUAUAAAGCCAAGUGAUCUGUU